UCCUACUUGAAGCCGAAUCCAACCGGAGCUCUGAGAUCGCAACCCUCAAGCAAAGAUUUCUUCGCCGGCGGUUCACCGUCGGUUCCCGGCGAUGCCGUUCCCGACGGACGGCGGCGCGUCCAAUGCAGCUCAAUUAUUUCCUUCCACAUGGUAGAGUUCCAAACCCUAGCCUUCCUAUCGGGGACAGCCUUUCUUUCUUCACGACCACAAACCCUAGCUUUUCACUCCCCGUUGUUUCAAAUUUCUGCAAGAACAAUCUCCAUUAUUUCACCUUUCAAUGCAAUCAGAUAUGUUGGACGAAACAAAACCUCUUCCGAGGAAGUUGUUACGGGAGUGGCUUCGUCUUCUUCAGAUCUCUUCACCAGAUUAUCCAUCAUUCUGGAGAAGCUAUCAAUGCCUCGAUUUACUUAUCCUUCUCCCGAUAUUGGCUGCAAGCCCAUCCAACAUAGCCCCAUUGCUUAUAACAGGUUGAUGAAGUCCUUCGCGCAGGUGGGAAAGCUAGACGAGGUCCUUAGAUUAGCUCGGGAGAUGAAAGAAUCAAACUGCAAUCCAAACGUCUACUGCUACAACACUGUCAUGAACGCCUUAGUGGAGGCAAACCAACCCGCCGAAGCUGAAGCUUUGUUCAAGGAGAUGAUUUCUGAUAGCGUCGCCCCAAAUGUCUCCUCUUACAACAUCUUGGUCAAGUUAUACUCUUUCUGUUUGAAGGAUUUCGAUUCAGUCUAUAAGCUAAUUUCAAUGAUGAUGGAGAAUGAAUGCUCUCCUGAUUUGACCACUCAUUCCACCUUGAUCACUGGGCUUUGCAGGGAUGGAAGAGUUGAGGAGGCCAGAGUUUAUCUGUAUUGGAUGUUGGAGAAAAAAUGUGAUCUUGAUGCCUAUACUUACACACCCAUAGUGCAGGGUUAUUGCUCUAACAGAAAGAUUGAGGAAGCUAAACAUUUGAUAGAAGAAAUGGAGAAACUUGGAUAUCGACCGACUUCUGUUACCUACAAUAUACUCGUUGGGGCAUUAUGCAAAGAUGGGAUCUUUGAGGAGGUUGAGAAGGUUAUAAGAGAAAGUUUCUCAAAGUGUUGGAAACCUGAUGAGAUCACUUUCAAUAUUUACAUGGAUGGUCUUUGUAAAUAUGGUAGAGUUAAGUGUGCUUAUGAGAAAUUGGAGAUGAUGCUAAACAAUGGUAUUCUCCCAAGCAAAGUGACUCUGAAUAUACUUCUAGAUUGUCUCUGUCAUGAGAUGAGGUUUUCAGAAGCCAUAUGCUUGUUGGAUAGGAGCUCUGAACUGGAAUGGCAUCCCGGCAUUGUCGGCUACAAUACACUGAUGAGCAGACUAUCCAAGGAUGGAAGAUGGUCAACUGUUCUGAAGAUUUUGGUUGACAUUCUAAAGAAAGGGUUUUGAUUCAUUCGGAU